AUGCGAAGAAAAAGAUACAUAUUUCUAUCACUUUUCCUUGUAUUUGUUUUGUGAGUUUUUUUUUGUGUGGCUGUUAGACAAAAUUGAUAUCUUUUAAGUGUUAACACAGAAAGAAAAGACCAGAUUUUUGUUGUUUUUGGAACUAUCAGCUAAUUUUAAAUAUAAACAAUUGUUACCAAGUUUCCAAAAAAAAAACAAAGAAAAUUCUAAGUUAUCCAAAAAUCACGUUUUCAAACAUUAUUUAUGCAAAUGUUUUAUUUUCACACGAGUGCAAAAGAAACUUUAAUGCAUCAAAAAUCCGUGGAAAAAAACAAAGAGAAAUUUGAUUUUUGUUCCAACAUAAUUGGUUUUCCAAUUUUUUCAGAACAGAAUGUAAACCACCAAAAAGUUUGAAUCGGAUGAGAAAUAAAGGAACUUAUCAGGCAAAUAGUUUGGGCGGACCUUCGAUUACUAAUAAUGGAUUGAUGCUAGCGGUAAGAUUUCGGGGAAAUAUUAUGUAUUCUGAAACUAAAAAGCUUAUUUCAGAAAUAUUUUCCUAAUUUUUAUAGGUUUGGAGAAAACAUUGCCACGUCAUAAUUUCGUUCAGUGAAAAUAAAAAAUAUUCAAAACAGCAAUUAUCAAUGUUCUUUUCUUAAAACUAAUGUAAGCAGUUUUGAUUUAGAAAAGAUUCUGAGAAAUGGUUUGAAGUUACCUUGAGAAAAAAUUUAAAUUUCUGAUGGACUGAAUAUUUUCAGAGUUUUUAUCCUUGACAGUAAUUCCAGAGCUUUUAAAAAAAUUAGCUUACAGUAGUUUUUUGGCACUUUAUUUUGAUCUACCAUUUAGAAUUCAAAAAAAAAAACGGACAUGAUUUUUUUUAAAGAUUUUUCAUUCAGAAAAUGUUAUCCUACAUAUUUCCCCCCUUUUAAAAUCUGAACGCCAAAGAUUUUCAGUCAAAUUGAAUUCUCAAGUGCACACAUCUUCAGAUUCUUCUUUAAAUAUAUUUGUCCUCAAGUUCAAAAAAUUCUCAAUAUUUUUGCCGCCUUUCAAGAGACAAAACCAUUCAUUUAUUUGUUUUCACACACACAAACAUAGAAAAAUGUGACAUAACUGAACUUGCGUCAUUUUCUUAGCCUCAGUACUCUGAAUCCAUUGCUGCUGUGUGAUUCAAAUGUUCUUGAAGUGUUCGAUCACCAUUUCUGAGCCAAUAUAGAUGAAUACAGCAGAAUAGGAAACAUACUACAAGCCACGCAAAAAAUGGAAUACUGAAAUUGAAAAAUUUGAAUCUUGAAAAAAUGAAGCAUAAAAUUAAAACAUACAGAAAAAACAAAAUUAGAACAUUUGUUUCUUGAAUUUUCAUUUUCUGGAGUUUGGUUUGAAGUUUAUCAAAAAAAAAAUGAUUUUUCAUUUUGUUUGAGAUGCGUCAUUUUUAUUUAUUUUUUGUUCAGGAAUCGAUUGGCAGUGCUGAAAAUUCGGAAGAAGUUGAGGAAUAUGAAAAUUCUAGCUUGGAACAUAAUUCAACACAUCUGAAUCCAGCUUCAACGUCUGAAGAGAAAAUCGAGGAGCCGGAAGAAGAUGAUUUGGAGAAUAUUUUGAAUGGUGAUCUAUUUGAAACUACGCCAAGUUCUGAAAAAGAAGAAGAAGAAGAAGAGGAACCUGAAAAUGAAAAUGAUUCAGAAAUGUGAGUUACAAACAUUGAAAAUUGAAAUUUGAAACCCUGGGAAGAAUUGAAUUCAAAGUUUGUUUUUUUGUUCCGAGUUUGAAAAAAAAAAUUCUCGUGUUUUUUCACGAAAAAGUGAAACAAAAAAGAUCAGGGGCACAUUUUAUUUUUAGUGGCUCAUAAAAUUCUUCCUCUUCAGUCUUUUCAUAAAUAUCUUUCUAAUUUCUAUUUUGUGAAUGAGAUGAAAACAGGAAGCGGAAGGUUGUUUUGCAGAAAAAUUUGAGAUUGAGAUAAAUCUCGGAUUUUUUGGCAGAAAGAAAUUUGAUAUCUGGAAAACUUUGAACUGUCUGAAAAUGAAUAUUCUGAGAUUUUUUUGACUGUUCAAAUGAGUUCUCAAAAGUUCUAGAUUUUGAUGAGGCUAAUUUGGGAAACGACUUAUACUUUUCAAAAUACUAUGAAACUUCAGAAAUGUUUACUUCAAAAAUUUCUUCAUUUUCAAACAUUUUGAAUUUCAGAAUCAGUGAAGCUUCGGUUGAAAUUAUACGUUUCCAAGAAAUUUUGCAAGUCAAAACAAUAUGAGUUUCAAUUUUUCAAGAAAAAAAAUCCAGAAGAAAAUUUUUAAAGUGUAAAAAGGGCUUUUGAUUUUUUUCUGAAAAAAUUAAUCUUCUGGAACAUCUGGAAAACUGAAUCGUGGCUUCUAGCAGUGAAAAUUGUAUUCUAGAUUUUUUUCUGAACUUCAAAGUUAAUCGCGCCUCUGGCAAACAUCAACACCUUGAGAUAUUCUAUACCAAGUUAAAGAAAGCUAUUUUUAUUUUCAAAAUUGCCUUAUCUUUGUUUACCUGCUGAAAAAUUGUCUAUAGUUAAUUUCCUAACUAUUUCCGAAAAAGAUGCCCUGAACAAAAAUAUUUUUUUUUUCAGAGAUACUGUAAUUCCAGUUUUCCUAUCUGAAUUUUUUCGAAGAUCGCAAUAAAAUAAAUCAAAAUUUCAAAUUGCGUUUUCUAUUUCUCCUUCUUUUUCCAUUCUCUAACCCCAAAAACUAUCAUUUCAUAUUAACAACAAAAUGAUAACAAAAUGAUUCUUUGUGUUUUUUCCUUUUUUUCCGAUUCUCAAUUUUUUCCUUCAUUUAGUCACAUUUUUUGGCGCACUUAGUCGAGCCAAAAGAUUUUUUCUCAAUAUUAUUAUUAAAAAACGCUUCUUUCUUUUUGCUCUUUUGUGCUGUUAUUAUUUUUUGUCGUUGCGCUUUUUUUCUUUUUUCGACUUGGUCUGAGUUUUGGUUUUUCUAGUUUGGAAAAGUUGAGAAGCUAGGACAAAAAAGUUUAAUUUGUUUCUUUUUAUAUUUAUUACUUUGAAAUGCGAGGGAGUAAAAGAAAAAGGAGAAGAAAGAUCUGAGUUUGAGAUAUUCUCGGAAAAAUAUAUUUGGAUUUUUUGUGGACUUUUUUGGGAAACAAACAUUUUUGAAAAUUUUUGACCAAAAAUCACUCCAAGAAAAAUUCCAAAUUUUGUUUUACUGGUCCGGAUAAUUCAGGAAAAAUCGGAUUUUUAUUUUUUUCGGGAAAAAUCUAAAGUAAUCCAAUUUUUUUAGGUCCGCUUUUGAAUAAUUCCGAAAAAUUAGUGUUCCAUUUUGUUUUAUUUUUAGGCUGAAUACAAUAAUCUAAAAACUCCAGAACCUAUGAAAAUCUUGCCAAAAAAUCCAAACAAAAUCUCAUAAAUCCUUCCAAAACCACAUAAUUUUCCAAUUUCCUUCUUCAUUUUUUCUUGUGCUGCCUCCCAAAACUCUUGCUUGUCCCAUCAACUUGUGAACAAGCUGUGAUUUUUUGUUGUAUUAUUGUUUACUCAUCCAUCGACAGCCAAGCUUACACAAAACUUAUAACUUUUCAUAGAAUUUUGUGCCCGCAGGCAAAAAUGAAUUGUUUUUUCUUUUCUUUUUUUUCCAGUUCUCAUAAAAAAUCAAAAAACAGGAAAAGGAAAGAAGUUCAUUGUGCCUGCGGCUAGAAUAUUCCGAUGAAUUGUAAAUAUUUAUUUUAUUAUCCUCUCCUUUCCUCACAGCUUCUUUUUUAAUGUUUAUAUAGAUUGAAUUUUUGCACUUCCAGAUUCAAACCAAACCAACAAAAUCAUUUUUCCUGCUUCCACAUUUCUUUUUUUUUUGAGUUGGUCCAAAAACAGACAGAGCACUAAAUGAAUUAGUGACUUGAUUUGGACAAGAAGCAGAAGCAGCAACAAAAAUUUGUCACUUUUUCGCGCGAAAAAUAUGUUGUAUAAUAUUGUUCUAUGUCUAAUUUUCAUCAAUUUUGUGUCGGGACUGAGGUAACAUUUGUUCUUAUAUGUCUUUAGGAGUAGGGGAAGUUUCAAGUGGGAUAGAUAGAUAAAUAAUGAGUUGGAUAUUUAAUUAAUGAGGGAGGCAAGGAAAAUUGAUGAGAUUUACAGGUCGAGUGAUUUGAGUCCAAGUGAAAUGAGCGAGGGAACAACAACGUUGGAGAGUAUUUCGAGAAUGACAGCGACGGUGAGAAAUAUGGGCAUUUUUUUAAAAAGUGAAAAACGUGAACUCGAAAUUUUGAAAUUUCAUUUUUCAAAUUUUUUUAAAGACAAGCAUUUCGUGUUUUCGAAAUAUUGUGAAUCCGAAAAUAUAAAAGUCGUGGAAGAGUAAAUCAAUCAACCAAGUUCUACUAAUUUCCAGCCUCAUAUCCCAAUCGAACAACCUCAAACAUCAGACACUGAAAUUCUCGAACGCCUUCUCAAACAAGGUGUUUAUGAUUGGCGUGUUCGUCCACCUGGUGAAAAUGGCACACUGAAUGGUGGUCCAGUUAAUGUACAUGUAAAUAUGCUUCUUCGAAGUAUUUCCAAAAUCGAUAAUGUCAAUAUGGAAUAUUCAGUUCAAUUGACAUUCCGUGAAAGUUGGAAAGACAAGCGAUUGAGUUAUGGAAUUGAUGGCGAUACAAAUCCAGCAUUUCUCAUUUUAACAGCUGGGCAACAAAUUUGGAUGCCUGAUUCAUUUUUUCAAAAUGAGAAACAGGCUUAUCGACAUAUGAUUGAUAAACCAAAUGUGCUUAUUCGAGUACACAAAGAUGGCACAAUAUUAUAUUCUGUGCGUAUUUCAUUAGUUCUUUCAUGUCCAAUGCAUCUUCGAUAUUAUCCAAUGGAUGUUCAACAUUGUUUAAUUGAUUUAGCAUCAUAUGCUUAUACAACAGAUGAUAUCGAAUACUUUUGGAAAGUUGAAGCUCCAGUCCAAUUAAAACCCGGACUAUCAAAUUCAUUACCAAGUUUUCAAUUAACAAAUGUUUCAACGGGUUACUGUACCAGUAAAACAAAUACCGGCGUUUAUUCAUGUCUUCGAACAACUCUUCGUUUCCGCCGACAAUUUAGUUUCUACCUCUUACAAUUGUAUAUUCCUUCUUGUAUGCUGGUUAUUGUUUCAUGGGUAUCAUUUUGGAUUGAUAGAACAGCAGUUCCUGCUCGUGUUACUUUGGGAGUCACAACUCUUCUCACAAUGACAACACAAUCAUCUGGUAUGAAUGCUAAACUUCCACCAGUUGCUUAUAUUAAAGCAAUCGAUGUUUGGAUUGGUGCAUGUAUGACGUUUAUUUUCUGUGCGUUACUGGAAUUCGCUUGGGUAACUUAUAUUGCGAAUAAACAGGACGCAAAGAAAAGUUGGUUUCUUUUUUUUUUUGAAAAUAUUAUGUAUUAGCUUCAAUUUUCAUUUUAUUCAGAAGCACGUCUGGAUCGUGAGAAAGCGGAAGUCCCAUUUAUGCCUCCAGCACAUAACGAUGUAUGCAAAAACUUCUUCUUUAUUUAAAAUAGAGAAAAUUUGCAGGUUUGGGUUCCGCGAGAAGUUGCAGAACAAGAGAGGGAAGUUAUGACAGUUAGGUUAAAUCGAAGGCAGCGAAUGGGAAUUUGGAGGUGGAUUCGGACGAAAACAGAAUGGGAUGAUAAAGCAAAGCGGGCGGAUUUAGUAUCAAGUUAGUUUUUCGGUCUUAGAAAAAGCUUUACUUGAUUUUCUUACAGGAAUAAUGUUCCCAGUGCUAUUUCUGACAUUUAAUAUCAGUUAUUGGACACAUUAUGGGCAAUAUGGAAUCGAUAUCGAGCAAUUCUAA